GCCACUUCCAAAUGGGUCUCUCCUGUGUAUUUCUUUCUCCUCGUGCGAUCGUGUCUGAUAAACCCUAGCUAGCCUUUUCCAAUUCCCGAAAUGCCCCUCCUUAAUCCCCAAAUUCACCGUCGUCCGCUCUCUUCUCUCUGCUCUUCCUCCGAUGCUCUCCUAGCCGACAAAGCAGUCACGUACCUCAAACGCCACACCCUCCAGCUCAACUCCCUCGCUUCUCAUUUUACCCCUGAAGCGGCCUCCUUUUUACUCUUCAAGUCCCAGUUCGACCAAACCCUAACCCUAAAGUUCUUGAACUGGGCCAAACCGCAUCGCUUCUUCACCUUUCAAUGCAAGUGCCUCUCCCUCCACAUCCUCACCCGGUUCAAGCUGUACAAGACCGCCCAGACCCUCGCCGAGGACGUGGCCGUCAAUACUGUUGACAACACUGGCAAUUUGGUCUUCAACUGCCUCAAAGACUCGUACCAUUCCUUCAACUCCAGCUCCGCAGUCUUCGAUUUGGUAGUAAAGUCCUAUUCGCACUUGAAUUUGAUUGAUAAGGCUUUGAACAUUGUCAAUUUAGCGAAAUCCCACGGCUUUAUGCCUGGUGUGUUGUCGUACAAUGCCAUUCUUGAUGCGAUAAUAAGGUCAAAAGGGUCGGUUAAGCUUGCUAAGGAAGUUUUUGGUGAAAUGAUUAGGAUCGGGGUCUCGCCAAAUGUGUAUACCUAUAAUGUUUUGAUUAGGGGUUUUUGCGGGGCGAGGAAUUUGGAAAUGGGUUUGAGUUUUUUCAGUGAAAUGGAGAGGAAUGGAUGUUUGCCCAAUGUUGUUACCUAUAAUACAUUGAUGGAUGCGUAUUGUAAAUCGGGGAAGAUUGAUGCGGCGUUCAGUUUUCUGAGGUCGAUGGCAUUGAAGGGUCUGGAGCCAAAUUUGAUUUCGUAUAAUGUGAUCAUCAAUGGGCUGUGUCGAGAGGGGAGGAUGAAGGAGACCAGUCAGGUUCUGCAGGAGAUGAGCAGAAAGGGUUUUGUUUGUGAUGAAGUGACGUAUAAUACGCUCGUGAAUGGGUAUUGUAAGUUGGGCGAUUUUCACCAAGCACUUGUUUUGCAUGCGGAGAUGGUUAUGAAUGGAUUGUCUCCUAAUGUUGUUACUUACACAGCGUUAAUUAAUAGCAUGUGUAAGGCUAAGAAUUUAAAUCGGGCGAUGGAGUUUUUUGAUCAGAUGCGUGUUCGAGGACUUAGACCAAAUGAGAGGACGUAUACGACAUUGAUCGAUGGGUUCUCACAAAAAGGAUUCUUGGGUGAAGCCUACAGGGUUCUGAAUGAAAUGACUGAGAGAGGAUUCUCACCUUCCAUUGUGACAUACAAUGCCCUAAUUAAUGGGCACUGCAUUUUGGGGAAGAUGGAAGAGGCCCAAGGAGUGAUAAGAGAGAUGAUAGACAAAGGGUUGGCUCCAGAUGUGGUAAGUUAUAGUACAAUUAUAUCUGGAUUUUGCCGUAAUGGGGAGGUAGAAAGGGCAUUUGAAACGAAGUUGGAGCUGGUUGAGAAGGGCCUUCGACCUGAUGCCAUUACCUACUCAACACUUAUUCACGGUCUCUGCCAGCAAAGAAAACUGAUAAAAGCCUGCGAUCUAUAUCAAGAGAUGUUGAAUAUAGGUCUGCGCCCUGAUGAAUUUACUUAUACAACUCUGAUAAAUGCCUAUUGUGUAGAAGGGGACUUAAAUAAGGCACUUAAUUUGCACAGCGAGAUGAUAGAAAAGGGCUUUCUACCUGAUGUUGUGACCUACAGUGUGCUUAUUAACGGACUUAACAAACAGGCUCAGACAAGGGAAGCAAAAAGGAUUAUGCUCAAGUUGUUCUACGAUGAGUCCAUCCCAAAUGAUGUCACAUACAAUACUCUGAUAGAAAACUGUAGUAACAUUGAAUUUAAAAGUGUGGUAGCUCUUGUCAAGGGAUUUUGUAUGAAGGGUUUGAUGAAUGAAGCAGAUGAAGUUUUUCAGUCAAUGCUUCAGAGAAACCACAAGCCUGACGAAGCAGCUUAUAAUGUUAUCAUCCACGGGCAUUGUAGAGGUGGAAAUGUUCAGAAGGCAUAUAGUCUGUACAAGGACAUGUUGAAUUCCGGUUUUGUUCCUCAUACUGUGACUAUCAUUGCUCUAGUUAAAGCGCUUUCCAUUGGAGGGAUGAAUGAGGAGUUGAGUGAGGUCAUAGGGAACGUAUUGAGAAGUUGUAGGCUCACUGACGCUGAACUUGCAAAAGUACUUGUUGAAAUUAACCAAAAAGAAGGGAACAUGGAUGCAGUAUUUAAUGUGCUUACCGAGAUGGCUAAGGAUGGCCUCCUUCCGAAUAGUGGCAGAACCAGUUAUGCUGGGUGUUAAAAUGCUUGAUUGGAUAUUUGAAUAUGUUGUCCAUGUAGACGAUGGAGCCCACUUUUUCAAGUUAAGUAGACAACAUGAUAAAAGCAGGCUGAAGCGCACGGGUUCUUAACUUAAAGUUUAAUCUUCAACGAGAUAGGAAGAGCUAUGUGAAGGGAACGUUAUCUCUUUCAUCUCAUUCUUCCUUGGUAUGUUGCCAGUUUUGCUUCAAGUGCGAUUCACAUUACUAAUUUGUGACUGCACUUCCAUUUUCCUGCCAGAUACCGACACCUAAAAGUAUCACUGUUCAGCAAUUCAGAUGUCUUCAUUGUUCUACUUGAGUUGGAGAUUGACUUUACUAGACGGAUUGAUAAUCGGGGUCUCAGAAGAUGGCAAAAGGGAUAUUAUCAAGUGUCUGCAAGCUCUGCAUGUGGAAGCCAAAACCGAAGUUCUCUAAUUCAUAAUAUCCUUCCUCACUUACUCUACUUGGAAGCUGUUGUAUUGUAAGUAGAUAGGAUGACAUAUAGGGCUGGCUACCCAUAGAGCUGCUCUUGUGCCCAUUAAGUUGCAUACGAGGAACAGAUGGAGAGCAAGGGAAAGAGUUUAAGAGGCGUCACAAUACAGAUAUAUGAGUUAUGGUGUAUAACAUCUGGAAAAGAAAAAUGAUUUAGCUUAGAAUUCUGUAUUAAAGAAAGGGUAGUCUUGUAAAAUUAAAUAUUAUUUUUAAUUUAGUGAUAUGCUUUCAUUAGUUGAUUUUGAAA